AUGACAACGUCUCAGGAUCACAGAAAACCGUUGCUCGGAGACCACCUUAAGGUGCCUGUGCCUUCUUAUGGUUACAUGAACGAAACCGCUAGUCAAAUUUCAAUCAGAGACUUGAAUACUUGGGAUAUGAUGAAAUUGACUAUGUGUAUGGCUGGCAUACAGUUUACUUACCUGAUCGCGCUUGUUUGGCUUGCGGGCCCGUUAUCGGGGCUAAUAGUACAACCGGUGAUUGGAGCGUUCAGCGAUAAAAGUACAUUCAAACAUGGAAGGCGUCGACCAGUUAUGAUUUUCAGUGGAAUACUUGUUUGUCUGUCGUUGCUUGGCGUCGCUUAUUCGAAUGAAUUGGCAGCGUUCUUUUUGUCGCGGAGAAGUUAUUUCUUGGAUAAUGAGCUAAAAAGGGCUUCAAUCUGGAUAGCGGUAAUCUCAUUCUACUGCUUAGACUUUUCUCUGAACGCUAUAAUGGCAACCUGUCGAGCUCUCAUUGUCGAUAUUUCUCCACUUUGGCAGCAAGAAAUUGGGAAUGCUUGGGCGGGACGCAUGAUACAUAUCGGAAACUUCGUAGGAUAUUUUACCGGGUUCAUCAAUUUGGUAUCUUGGUUACCAUGGCUUGGAAGUAGUCAAAUGAAGGGACUUUGUAAUAUUGCAAUCUUUAUGUUGAUUGCGUCGUUAAUAAUUACUUGCUUGAGUGUAACCGAGAAGGUUCAUGUGCCUAUUAAUGGAGAUGAAAAUACAACAUGGAUAGUUGAUAUUUACUCGCCCAAAGACGACGACGAACUUAUGACAGCCGUGAGAUAUGGAUCAUUCUGUUUAUUACUCUAUUCCAUAGUCUCAUUUGUCGCUGGUAUGAUUUUACCACAAUUGACGCCAAACUCUUAUCCGACCAGAAAUCCAUUCACCAUCUACAAUAUUUAUACGGUGUCACAUCUCAUUGUGGCAGUAUUAGCAUUUUUGACGUUUGCUGUGAGCACUAUUUCUCAGGCGAUGCUGUUAAUCGCUGUUUUGGGUAUUCCGUGGGCAGUCGCAAUGUGGGUUCCUUAUGCGCUUGUAGGAGAAUUUGUCAGUAGAAACGAUCAAGAAUGCGUACAAGAUGUCAAUGGUACUACUGCCGUCAUGAGCAAUGAAAAUUCGACCGCCUCGCUCGAUAAACCAUCAGAUCUUGAAGAACAAUUAUCACCAUCACAUACUCACCACCAAGAUGCAUCAAUCGCAAAGGGCAAACUACCAAUUGUCGAAGUAACAGCAUCCUCCAAUUCACAAACUUAUAGUGGAGAAAACAAUGAUGAAAUUGUAUCUUUGUCAGCCACAACAGCAUCGUCAGAAUUCGAUGCGGGGAUGAUACUAGGUGUUCACAAUAUGUACAUUGUGUUACCGCAAUUUGCUACCGCGUUUAUUAGUUCAGUAAUUUUCAAGAUUGUAAAAGACAUGAAUGACGGAGAUGAGACUGGUGGAGUCGCUUGGGUUAUUCGAUUUGGUGGAAUAAUGAUGAUAUUUGCUGCUAUUCUAUCUCG